ACGGGCCGGCCCUUUUUCCUUCUUCUUGCGGGAGAAGGCAGGCCAAUAAGACGCAGCGCGCCGUCUAGUCCCCCAGCCGAGGUCACACCAGCCCGCAGCCGCGCACACAGAGCAAGCGACGCACCACCCAGGCCCAGCUCCGGCGAGAUCUCCGGCGACCCUUCGAGAUGAGCCGCGGAUCGGGCGCCGGCUACGACCGCCACAUCACCAUCUUCUCCCCGGAGGGCCGCCUCUACCAAGUCGAGUACGCGUUCAAGGCGGUCAAGUCGGCGGGGGUCACCUCGAUCGGCGUCCGAGGCAAGGACUCCGUCUGCGUCGUCACCCAGAAGAAAGUCCCGGACAAGUUGUUGGAUGACACCAGCAUCACGCACCUCUUCUCCAUUACCAAGUACACCGGCUUGCUUGCCACCGGCCUCACAGCUGAUGCGAGGUCCUUGGUCUCCCAAGCAAGAAAUGAAGCAGCCGAGUUCCGUAAAAAAUGGGGAUAUGAGAUGCCUGUGGAUGUAUUAGCAAAAUGGAUUGCAGACAAAGCACAAAUAUACACGCAGCAUGCAUACAUGAGACCCCUUGGUGUAGUUGCUAUGGUCCUGGGUUAUGAUGAGGAGAAAAAUGCUCAGCUCUUCAAGUGUGACCCCGCAGGUCACUUCUUUGGACACAAGGCAACUAGUGCCGGACUUAAGGAGCAGGAAGCAAUAAAUUUUCUGGAGAAGAAAAUGAAGGAUAGCCCGCAGUUCACAUAUGACGAAACUGUUCAGAUUGCGAUUUCUGCAUUGCAAUCUGUUCUGCAGGAAGAUUUCAAGGCUACCGAGAUCGAGGUCGGUGUUGUGAGGAAAGAAGACCGUGUCUUCCGGUCACUCACGACAGAGGAGAUUGAUCAGCACCUAACAGCCAUUAGCGAGCGCGACUGAGCUAUGUGACUGUAGCUGUCAAUGCACCCAUAAACUGUUAUUUUGUUUCAUGGCCAGCCAAGAAACAUUCAGUGAAUCAUUUCAUGUGUAGCAAGAAAGACGGGCCUCCACUCUGCCAUGUAUUAGUCGGAUCAUCCUUUGUGUGGUUGAAUUUGCUACGAUUAAAUUUGAUGUUGCUGGCAGUUGCAUGUU